AUGGUCAAGAUCAAGAUCCAGAAGACACCAGCCCACACCGCAGAAGCGCAAGUUGCCCAAGCAGAAGCACCAGAGCUCGAGCGUGUCAACUGGCGAAGGGACCCCGGCUUGAGGAAGCUCUAUUUUUAUGCUGCCAUCAUUUGUGUGGCAUCGGCCACCACUGGUUAUGAUGGGUCCAUGUUGAACAAUAUUCGAAUCUUACCUCAAUGGACAGAUUAUUUCAAUGACCCUCAGGGGUCUAAUCUCGGGCUCCUGACGGCUUUGUACAGCAUUGGAAGCAUUUCAAGUCUGCCAUUUGCCCCUUUCAUUGCCGACCGAUGGGGUCGCAAGGCCGCCAUUGUGGUCGGAUGCGUCAUCAUGAUCAUUGCCGCCGCCAUCCAGGGAGCAUCUCAGAACUUGGCCAUGUUCAAAGGUGGACGGUUUUUGAUGGGUUUUGGCAAUUCCAUGGCCCAGCUGUCGUCACCUCUUCUUCUGACGGAACUUUGCCAUCCCCAGCAUCGCGGUAAGGUGACAGCCAUUUACAAUUGCCUUUGGAAUCUGGGCGCGAUUGUCAACACGUGGCUGUCGUUUGGCACCAAGCGAAUCGGAUCGGAAUGGUCAUGGCGGAUUCCCACCAUUGUCCAGGGACUACCUUCGAUCAUUCAACUAGCUUUCAUCUUUCUCUGCCCCGAGUCUCCCCGUUGGCUGAUCUCGAAGGAUCGCGCUGACGAAGGGCUGGCGAUAUUGGCCAAGUAUCAUGCAAACGGCAACGCCAACCAUCCAACCGUCCAAUUCGAAUACGCCGAGAUCCGUGAAACGUUGCGGCUCGAGUUCCAGUACAGGAAAUCGUCAAGCUACCUUGACUUCCUCAAGACCAAGGGUAAUCGAUAUCGCACCCUUUUAAUUGUGUCGCUCGGUCUUUUCUCCCAGUGGUCUGGCAACGGGCUUGUUUCAUACUACGCCACCGACAUUUACAAGUCCAUUGGCAUCACCUCCACCGACACGCAGCUAGGUUUGAACGGUGGGCAGACCAUUCUCGCCCUCAUCGUCUCAGUCACGUGUGCUUUGCUGUGCGACCGUCUCGGACGACGACCUCUCUUUCUGGCUGCCACAGCUGGUAUGUUGAUUUGCUUCAUCCCCUGGACCAUUUGCUCGGCUAUAUAUCAGGAGGACCAGAACAAGGCUGCGGGCCAAGCUGUGGUGGCUUUUAUCUGGAUUUUCGGGGUCGCCUACGCUCUCGCCUGGUCUGGUCUCUUGGUUGGAUACACGGUAGAGAUAUUGCCCUUCAAGAUCCGUGCCAAAGGCUUGAUGAUCUUGAACUUCUGGAUCCAGGUCGCCCUUGUCAUCAACCAAUAUGUCAACCCACUGGGUUUCCAGCAUCUUAAUCCGAAUUGGAAACUGUAUACGAUAUAUACUUGCUGGAUUGCAUUUGAACUCUGCUUCGUCUACUUCCUUUACGUGGAGACACGCGGGCCGACCCUCGAGGAGAUUGCCAAAAUCUUUGAUGGCGAAGACGCUGAGGUUGCACGCAUUGACAUUGACAAAGUAGGGGAAUAUUCGAUUGAAGAAAAGCCUACUGUGGAACAUCGCCAGUCGGCUUGA